UUAUUUUUCAAGUGCUUAGAGAGGUAUCUCUUUAGGAACCCAAACAACUGUUGUGAAAUAAACUAUCUAGAAAGCAGAAAGCUGGAAAGUUAAAACUGAAAAUCCUGUGCAAUAUCAUCAUUUAGGUUAAAAAUGGUAACAGUUAAUGUCUACUGAGCGCUCAAUAUACGCCAGGCACUGUGAAAACAUCAUAUGCGUUACCUCAUUUAUUACUCUUAAACACUCAGGGAGUUUUCUCCAUUUUACAGAUGAGGAAACUGAGUUUCAGAAAGGUUAGGUAACUUGCACAAGGUCACGUAACUUAUGCAAGGUCACAGACCAAGGAAGCCACACAGCCUGGGUUUGAAUCCAGGUUUAUUUGUUGUUUUUUUUCCUGACUGUAUGAUGGUCACUGGCAGGUUUGGCAGCUUCUGAAGUGUCUCCUGAACUACCACGUGAAAAUUCACUCUCUUGUAUGUAGCACCGUAUUUCAAUAUCAAGUGUGUUUUAUGCUCUGCCACGUCUAAGUUUUGUAGGAAAGAAACCCACCUCGCUGAAGUCGCACUCCUAGUUUCAAGGGAUAUGGUAUCAAAUAAAAUCGUAAAUGUGAAAAACCUUUGGAAAAUACAAAAGCAAUCUACAGAGAACUGAGGAUACCAUUGCUAUUUUAAAAUGUCAAGAUGUAUGUGAUAUGCACGGUGAUUCUCAGUUGCCCAGAAUAUUUUGAAUCAAAACACCUGCUCACCUAACCAAUUAGCACACCGGUAACUUGUGAACAAGCUACCUUUUCACCUCCUCGGGCAACCUCCUGCUCUUGCAACUUAUUUCUGGGCCACGACCACUUGCUUGCUCAGCGGGGCACGUUUAUGUCACAAGCUUCUCUUUAACAGGCACAGAAACGCCUAACGUGCAACAAAGUGUGAAGAUGCAGGCGUAUAUGUACGAGUUACAAUUGGGUCACCACCAGGUGAGCUGAUUUACCGUACCGCCCCGCAGCCCGGGUUUUCAGAAUACCCGUUAACAACCCCGCGUUAACUAGCAGGGGGCAGGCGCUGAUUAACGGCCCCCUUCCGUGUCUCACCUGAUCUUCCAGGAGUUUCCAGCUCUCGCAUGUGUGCAUGGUUUUGAAGCAGCAUUAAAGCUGCUCAGGGCAAGAGGAUUUAAACCCCCUGGCCCCCAGAAAGAGCUCGUUGCUUGUUCGACCGGAGGACUAAGAAGCUUUAAUGAAGACAGACCACGCUCUAGAAAUGGUGAAACCAUUUCAGGUUUCAGAGAAGGCAGUUUGGGAGAGCCGCUGGAGCCUUCACCUCCUCCUUCCUCCCUUAUUCUACUAAGGAGAACCGAGGUAGCGGGAAAGGACAGUGUAGGCGCUCGAGGGGAGAAGCCAAAGAUUAGCCUGACCCGCGUCCUUGGAAAGCAACCGACAACAGGAAGGAAGCUUAUUAACCCCUCUGCUCCCCCUCCCUUUUCCCGGCGUGAGAAUCGGCUCCUCCUCCCGGGCGUGCGACCCCGGGGUAAAAUGCAAGCUGUCGCCUGCUUUCCGCACCCUGCGCGCGGCGCCCGGCAGAGGAAGAAGCAGGCGGCAAAGGCGUCGCCCCAAGCCGCGUGGAGCGAGUUCGUCUCUCCGGCGUGAACCUCCCGAGCGAGACGGCCUGGACCCCGCGACCGUCGCGCCAGCUAGGCACCGCAGGCGCCCCAUUUCCCGGCCUCUCUUCGGAGCUGGCAGUCUGCACCCCAAUCCCUAGCCUUAAUCCCCCUCAACACCACGGCGCCACCAACCCCGGUGCCUCGCGCAGGUGGCGCAAACGCCCCCGCCCUCGGGCGCCCCCUGCCGGGGAGAGGGAAGGCGGCGGCGGACGCGGAGGAGCCGGGCGCAGAGCGGGGAGAGAGCUCCGGAGCCGGGAAGAAGCCGGGAGCUUCCCUGAUGGUGCCGACGCCUCCGAGCCGGGGAGGAGCGGCGAGGGGGCAGCUGGGCAAGAGCCUGGGUCCGCUUCUGCUGCUCCUGGCGCUGGGACACACGUGGAGCUACCGAGAGGAGCCCGAGGACGGCGACAGAGAAAUUUGCUCGGAAAACAAAAUCGUCACGACCACAUACCCGUGUCUGAAGCCUUCAGGCGAGCUCACGACGUGCUUCAGGCGGAAGUGCUGCAAAGGGUAUAAAUUUGUCCUUGGACAAUGCAUCCCAGAAGAUUAUGAUGUAUGUGCUGAGGCUCCCUGUGAACAGCAGUGCACAGAUAACUUCGGCCGAGUGCUGUGUACUUGUUACCCAGGAUACCGAUAUGACCGGGAGAGGCACCGGAGGCGGGAGAAGCCGUACUGUCUGGAUAUCGACGAGUGCGCCACCAGCAGCGAGACGCUGUGCGCGCACAUCUGCGUCAACACCUUGGGCAGCUACCGCUGUGAGUGCCGGGAGGGCUACGUCCAGGAGGAUGAUGGGAGGACGUGCACCAAGGGAGACAAAUACCCCAACGACACUGGGCAUGAUGAGAAGGUGGAGAACGCGGUGAGAGCCGGCACCUGCUGUGCCACGUGCAAGGAGUUUCACCAGAUGAAGCAGACGGUGCUGCAGCUGAAGCAGAAGAUUGCCCUGCUACCCAACAGCGCUGCGGACCUGGGCAAGUACAUCACUGGUGACAAGGUGCUGGCCUCAAAUGCCUACAUUCCAGGACCUCCUGGCCUGCCUGGGGGCCAGGGCCCCCCCGGCUCACCAGGACCAAAGGGGAGCCCAGGCUUCCCGGGUAUUCCAGGCCCCCCCGGGCAGCCCGGCCCGCGGGGCUCCAUGGGACCCAUGGGACCGUCUCCUGAUCUGUCCCACAUUAAGCAAGGCCGGAGGGGCCCCGUGGGCCCACCAGGUGCCCCAGGAAGAGAUGGUUCUAAGGGGGAAAGAGGAGCACCUGGCCCCAGAGGGUCUCCAGGACCCCCUGGUUCUUUCGACUUCCUGUUGCUCAUGCUGGCGGACAUCCGCAAUGACAUCACCGAGCUGCAGGAAAAGGUGUUCGGGCACCGGACUGACUCUUCAGCAGAGGAGUUCCCGUUACCUCAGGAAUUAUCCAGCUCUCCAGAGACCAUGGACUUCGGCUCUGGAGAUGACAACCCCAAAAGAACUGAGACAAGAGACUUGGGAACCCACAGAGACUUCUAUCCUUAGCACACGCCGACAUCUUCACGCCAAAGGAAGAGCAGUGUUCGCCUGCAGUGAAAUCAUCCAGAGAACAGAACAGAACACCACUGGAGACCUAGAAAAGAUACGUUCUUUUUUUCUUUUUUUUAAACUCUUUUCCUUUCUUCUCCGUACUUCUCUUAUCCCAAACACUAUUUUCAGGCUAGACAUACUAAAGACAAGAGGGAGGAAAUGAUUGAUUUACUUGCUUCCCCUGGAGAAUCUGCAUGGAACUUUCCUUUGACUUCCUUAUUUCCCAGGGACUUCUGAUUUCUGAAUCAGGUACUCUCACAGUGUCUUAAAAUUUGGCAGACUAUCAAAAAGUGGGGAAUGGCAAGGCGGUUCUAAGAAAAUGUGAGUUUACUUAUUAAAAAUAAUAGAUACGUGUCCAAAAUAGACUAUUACACCUCAGUGUCAAAGUUAAAUCAAAUUAAAUGAAUUAAAUCAAAUUAAGUCAAAUUAAAUCAAAAUUUUCAGUGAAAAGGGAGAGAUGACAAUGUAUAUUUAUCUUGGUGGAUAAUUCUUUUUCCUUGUCAAUCUAACAGAUUUAAAAUAUUCUGUCCUCUUAUCCAACCUUGUUUCCUAACUUUGAUUAAGGAAAGGAGAGAAGGAGUGGAGAUUAGAAAAGAUGGAGAAAAAUUACAGUCCCGUAUUGACUGUCCUAUAAGCUGCCACAUACUGACACUCAAGAUGUGACAGUUAAGGGUUCCUACCACGCUUACCUAUAACUAUCCUAUUGGAAGAAGAAAAUUACUGUCGCUGUAGGAAUAAAUUCCAUUGUCAAGACAAAAAGUAAGUGAAUGCAGUGCCCUGGUUCACAUUAGAACAGCGGGCUCCCGGUUGGCCAGGACGUUUUAAAGCUAUCUGAUCGAUUGAGUGAGCUUGCUUAGUAAACCACAGAUUAUUUGUUAAAGGUAACUGACCCUCAGGGAGAGGUGCCGAAUUCCCUGGCUGUGACCGGGUGCCCGCCAGGUGCCAUUAGGCUGUGAUCCAGGUUGAAUCGGUGUACGGUGGUGCUCAGGCUGGAAGAGGCUGCCUGCUCGGGUUGUUGGCCAUGGGGCAGAAGAACCUUGGGCAGGGGACCUGCUGCGUCACAGAGGCAGGUAAAUGUGCUGUCUGUGGGAAUUAGAAGCCCUUGUCAGGGGCCAGCCAAGCUUGCCAGCGUGUUGAGACUAACACAUGAUUGAAAGAUCUCUUGGAUGAGGGAGGGGCAAAACAACAGUUUUCCUCGUUUGCUAAAAACUUCCUCCCGGUUUUUCCUUAAUUUUCCAUAAUUUAGUCCUAGUUGCAGUUCUUGCGGGUCUUCUUGAUUUCCUUUCCUCGGCAAACACAGGAAGCAGCUGGCAAAGUAUAUUCCCAAACCUCCCCUGGAGUCAGUGUUCGCUCUUACACUUCUGGGUCCCAGAAGGACACACAUUCCGGAAAAGGCUUUUUUCUCUGGAACCACAGGAGCACGAGUGCUCAAGGGAGGGGCAGGAACAUCUGCCACUUUGUAAUAUUGUUGGGGAACCUCUUGGUUUUAAUGGGCAGCUUACAGGCUCCUUCAGGUUCACUUUGUGGCUUUGUCGUUUGACACCCAGAAUGACGUUUCAUCGACCUGUUCAGGAGACCUUUGUACUUGUAUUAAGCUUCACAAAGGACCACUGUUACAACUUCUCUUUGCUCAUGUUCCCAUUUCCCACCCUGCAGUGUCCCCAUGACUUUCUGGGCGGUUUGUGUUUAAUUUUCUUUUUCCAUCUCCUUUUAGCCUACAUCAUUUCACUCUCCUGGGAGAGCUUGUUUAAAGACAACCACCAUGGGUGUUUAUAUUGCCACUUUUCAAUCUUUCUUCAGAACGAUAGGAAGGGCUUGUGUUUGCAAAUCUCAAGUGACACCAGCCUUCCUUCUCUCGUCCCCAUCCUGUUAGAGACACAGGGCUCCAGUCAGCCAGCCAGUGGCUGAGUUUUUCACCAACACUUGACUCCGCUGUUUCUUACUCACGCAAAGUCCCCGGUGACUGUCCACCAAAGUGUUACAGCUGAAAGCGAACGCAUCCUCAGUGCUCCUUUUCUAGGAUCUUUCCUGCCCCCCUUCAGCCUCUCCAGAAUCUAAUCUUCACAGCAGAAGCACUCGCCAGCCACGGGUUCGCAGAGAUGAACUGAGCAGCUGUUGAUUCCCAUCUGGUAUAUAUAUUUAACGUUUGCCUGCUUGUGGGACGCGGUAUUUAAAGUGUGUGGAUGGAUGAAUGCUAAAAAAAAAAAAAAAAAAAAAAAAAAUGCACAGGCUCUAUGAGAAAUGAUGAGGUUCAUCUUUGAUUUUUUUUAAUGAAGAAUUUAAUUACCUUUUUAACCAUGAACUGUAUGUAGAAAUAGAAUUCUCUUCUCUGUUGUUGAGUACUCAUAAAAUGCAACGAAAUUGCGUGUUUAGCCGGAGGCUAGGGUAAUAUAUUAACAAUGAAUGGAAGGUGGUAAUAUCUGGGAUUUGUGAGACGAUUCUGGAUAAGAUUUUCUAACAAAACACACAGUAACCUGUAUUUUGUCAUCUCAAUCUGCUGGAUCAGGUCAACUUAUACAAUAAUUAUUUAUCCUCAGAGUUUCAAAACUUGGACUGCUACCAUAGGACUAAAUAUGUACUCUGUAUGCCCAAAUUAUAUUUUUCAAAGAUAAGACAUAAGGCAUUGUUAUUCCUAAUGUGUCUUUUAGCUAUGGGUGAAAAACCAAAGCUUCACUGUCUAAACAGGACUUCCGCUUAGAACCUAAUGGAAAAGGCUUUUGGGGGUAGCGGGCAUAAAAUUUGCUACUUUUGGUAAUCCACUUCAUGUGUCAUGGGGAAGAAAGGUCUUUGUACACUCCUCAAUUCUUUCCCAGAAAUGCUGACUUCAAUUUUUUGCACCCUGAUAACUAGAACUUAGAAUAGGACUUCAUAGAUUGCUUCUGUUUCGGAAAGCGAUGGGCAUAAAACUCUCCAGUUCAAAAUAGCGCAAGGAGGGGAUACAUUUUAGUGUAAGAAAAUCCUCCUCCCUUUCCAAUUCCACAGGGAGAAAUUAUAAGCUUUAUGAUGCCAACGCCUAUGGGGAUACACAGGGAAUGCUGUCUUGUCUCUCCUUCUGUAUUAAUUCUAACACCUGCCACAGAAUGAAUUGGUCAACUAAAGUCAUUUCUACCGUAUAAACUCAGGCAGGUGUGUUCCUAGCCAAACAGGUAAAUAACAAAUGCACAUUGGCAUCCAGGGGUCGGGGCUUUGUUACUCCACCAGAUGCCAGGUGAAGGGCCCCCUGGUUCUGGCCAUGCUCCCUUUCUAGGGUUCAUACUACUGUCGGCCUCGUGAGGCCUGCUGCCAGGCGUGCAGGGGGAGGAUCUUCUUCGUGACUAGGCACCAGGCAUCUCCUUGGGGUGAUAGCAAAUCCCUCCUCAUACUUCGAGUGUCCCUCGCCCUCUCCCCACUCCAGCCUGUCACAGAGCAGCAGUAUCACCUUAACAUCUUUCAGAUAACCUUUCCUGAAAAGGAAAUUCAUUUGCAGGAAUCCAGGCCAAACAACUAGAAGAACAGAGCCAUCUAUAGUUAUUAAUAGGGGCUUCCCUGGUGGCACAGUGGUUGAGAGUCCGCCUGCCGAUGCAGGGGACACGGGUUCGUGCCCCGGUCCGGGAAGAUCCCACAUGCCGUGGAGCGGCUGGGCCCGUGAGCCAUGGCCGCCGAGCCUGCGCGUCCGGAGCCUGUGCUCCGCGACGGGAAAGGCCACAAGAGUGAGAGGCCCGCGUACCGCAAAAAAAAAAAAAAAAAAAAAAAAGCAUAAAGUUAUUAAUAAUGAGUUCAGGAAAUAGAUGAAAUUUGUCCUGGCACCAUCAGCAUGUAUGUUUCACAACAAAUCAAAAAAUAAUUUUCCAUUUGAAGAAAAAACACAAACAUGGCCGUAAUUGUUAACACAUAAAACCUUGGACUUCACGUGCUCCUGCAACAAAUAUUACUGCUUUAGGGAUAUCACAGAAAGAAGACCCUUUUACACAUCCCCCAGGGGCCUCAGCGUUCUUUAUGAGAUCCCCAAAGCAAGCACCCUGGGGAAUUCCAUGUGUGUCGUGACUCUGUUUUUAUUUCCAGUGGCUAGUCAUAUCCUUCAGUAGCUAUGUUCGUUAUUUAUAACAGGUCCAUAUAACAGUUGAGCUAGUAUUCAGUUAUGGAUGUGAUGCUAUGACAUACUUUUGACAAGAUUAUAUAUGUCCAAUAACAAAGUUAUUUUUCUUAUGUGGUUGUACUGUGCUUUAUCCUGCUGCUCAGUCCUGAAGAAGUAGUCUGUUUAUCAGAUGGAUACGAGGUGAUGGAGAGACAUGUUUCCCUGAGGAGCCAGAAUCUGCCUUCCGGGUGGGCCACCUCCUGGGGGAGUGUGGUCCCAACAUUUGAGUCUGAGUCAAGGUCUGAGGGCCCAGCUUCCACUGAAGCUGAGUCUCAGAGGCCCACGUCCCCAGAUGGGGAGGGAUCCUCUGGGACCCCCGUGGUGGGGUUUUCAAACCAGAAACUCUCUGGGGAUUAUUGGAGGUGCCUUAGCGGGAGGCUUGUGAGCGUUCCACACCUGCCGCAACUCCCACUGCCCCGUGAACAACUCAGCCUUCAGUUGGAUUUGGAUUGGGAUUCCACGUAAGUUUUCCUUUGGAAGGAAAAAAAAGUUGACUACCUAAAAAAGAGGUUACAGUAGAGUUGGGGGAGAGAAAGAAAGCCCCGUGAGCUGGUUCCCUUCACAUAAGUUCCCUUAUGUGAAGAUUAAGAGGAGGGGAAUUUUCAUCAGUUGGGCCACACGGGAGAUGGAGUUAUGUAGUGAAAAGGGAGGUUACUUCUAAGAGAUGUACAGCACUCUUCAGCAGGGUGACUUUAGCAUCCCAAUCUAUUAAUCUGUGUUUGCACAUCUCACUUCCCUCUAGCAAAUAGUUAUCGAAUGCUUGCUGUCAGCUGCACACCGCGCUUUGCGCAGCGACACAGGGAAGCAAAAAGUCAUAAUCCCCAUCCUCCUGGGGAUUUUUGGCAAAACAGACACGGAUCCUUCCAGGCAAAAUAAAUUAAUUCCGUAAAUAUGCAAUUACAAACUGUGAUCAGUGCUAUGAAUGAAAAGUAUCGCAGGAGCCAGUACCAGCUCGUGCCAGUAGGAACCGCCCUUCAGUCCCGUGCCCUUCUUCCCAAAAUCACACACACACAGCACCCAAGAGCAUUAACACCAGAGCCCCACGAGAGCUCUAGCCCUGGCAGAGAAAAGCUUUCAUCCUCUGGAUGAAACAGCAGCCGGUGGAAAUCUACAAGACCCCUUCAUAUAUGAUACUUCCAGGCUUUUUAAUUGAAAAAGGAGCUUACUGAACCAAAAGCUGGGUGAUUGCCUCUGGAUGUCCCAUUUGUGCAGUUGGCUGGUAACCUCAUGUGCUCUGGUCUUGAUUCCCAGCACAGUUUGAGGCUUGUUUCCUCCCAACCAGGACACUGAAGUUUUGAAAAAACUGGCUGUGCUUUUGGACCACCCCCAGCUCCUGUGCAGACUCUCACCACCUGCUCACAUCUAGAUGCAAGGUUACCCGGUGGCCAAGUGGGAACCUGCACUCAGCUGCUGGGGGCUCCACACAAAAAAGGUGACUCAGUGAGGGGCUCUGGGGACAGCUGCAGGUGAGUUGCAGGGUUCUGGGGAACUGAUAGAGAUGUGAGGAAGAGGGGUGUGUCCAUUUCCUGGGGCUGCUGGAGCAAAGUACCACAACUGGGGACUUAAACAACAGAAAUAUGUUUUCUUGCAGUUCCGGAAGCUGGAAGUCCAGUGGGUGUCAGCAGGGUGGGCAACCUACUGGAGGCCCUGAGGGAAAGCCAUCCCAUGCCUCUCUCCGAGAGUUUCUGGUGGUUGCUGGCAAUCCUGGAUGCUACGUGCCUCUGACGUCACACGCCAUUCUCCCUCUGUGUCUCUGUGUCCCUGUGCCUUCCCAUGGCAUCCUCCUUUCCGUGUGUUCUGUGUCUCUGUUUUCUCUUCUUAUAAAGACACUACUUACUGGA